CUCCUUCCCCGCCCCCUCCCGCCCCAGCCCCGGGCGCUCCCGCCUCCCCUCCCCCGCGCCCGUCGCGGGUCCUACCGAAACUGUGCGGGUGCGCAGUGCCGAGACGCCCCCCGCGGGGGCCCCGGGGAGCCGGGCCGACAGGGAGGGCCUCGGAGGUCCGGGAAGAGAGAGAAAGGGCGAAAUUCGAGAAACAAACCACUCGGGGAGAACCAGCCAAACCGGGUCCGGACAGGGCGGGCGCAGCCGCCAGGGCGGAGCCGGGUCUGGGGCCCCGGGAAUGGGGGGCGGGCUCGCGGGCGGGAGGGUGCGCUCCGCCUGGACGGCUCGGGACUGAGGUGAGGGGGUACAGAGCCCAGAGGCCCAUUGGCGCCCGCUCCGCCGGGUUCCUCGUGACGCGGCACCCACGGUCCCCGGCACCGACGGGAGCCCAGCCCCCGAGGAGAGAGCCCCGCCCUCAGCCCCACCCAGGCCGGACCCCAAAUUUCGGCUGGGUACAGGGGACGGGGAUAAGGCCUGGCGUGCAGGGGGAGUUAGGGAGUUUCGCGCCGGCGGGCGAGGCGAAGGGCGCCCAGGGGCCGGAAGGCUCGGAGUGGUCGGGGGUCCCCAAGCCACGGGGUGGGCAGCUCGAGCGCCGGCCGGGGCGGCCCCGCCCCUCCCGGCCUGGGCCCGCCCCCCGCGCGCCCCGCCCCCUCCUUCCCGCAGCUCCCACCCCCCCCCGCCCGGGCUUCUCAACACAAACUUUCCGUCCCGCUCACUCCCUCCUCCGCGCCCGGCGCCUCCCGCUCCAGCCCGGCUCAUUCCGCACAUUCCGGACAGCCCCCUCCCCACGACCCCCCUUCCCCGGCCCCCCUCUCAGCUCCGUCGGGCUCGGCGGAGCGGCCCGGCCGGAGCGCCCCCCUGAGCUCGGACCAGGCUCCAGCUGCCCAGUGGGCUCAGGCCCAGAGCCCAGAGCAACCAGCACAAUAGCGUCCAACAGCUGGAACGCCAGCAGCAGCCCCGGGGAGGCCCGGGAGGAUGGGCCCGAGGGCCUGGACAAAGGGCUGGACAACGAUGCGGAGGGUGUGUGGAGCCCGGACAUCGAGCAGAGUUUCCAGGAGGCCCUGGCCAUCUACCCACCCUGCGGCCGGCGCAAAAUCAUCCUGUCAGACGAGGGCAAGAUGUAUGGUCGAAAUGAGUUGAUCGCACGCUACAUUAAAUUGAGGACGGGGAAGACUCGGACAAGAAAACAGGUCUCUAGCCACUUGCAGGUUCUAGCCAGGCGGAAAUCUCGGGAGAUUCAGUCCAAGCUGAAGGCCAUGAACCUGGACCAGGUUUCCAAGGACAAAGCCCUCCAGAGCAUGGCAUCCAUGUCCUCCGCCCAGAUCGUCUCUGCCAGUGUCCUGCAGAACAAGUUCAGCCCACCCUCCCCUCUACCCCAGGCCGUCUUCUCUGCUUCCUCACGGUUCUGGAGCAGCCCCGCUCUCCUGGGACAGCAGCCUGGACCUUCUCAGGACAUCAAGCCCUUUGCACAACCAGCCUACCCCAUCCAGCCACCCCUGCCGCCAACACUCAGCAGUUAUGAGCCCCUGGCCCCGCUCCCCCCAGCUGCUUCCUCUGUGCCCGUGUGGCAGGACCGUACCAUUGCCUCCUCCCGGCUGCGGCUCCUAGAGUAUUCAGCCUUCAUGGAGGUUCAGCGAGAGCCUGACACGUACAGCAAACACCUGUUUGUGCAUAUCGGACAAACGAACCCCGCCUUCUCAGACCCACCACUGGAGGCUGUUGACGUGCGCCAGAUCUACGACAAGUUCCCUGAGAAAAAGGGUGGAUUGAAAGAGCUUUAUGAAAAGGGGCCCCCUAACGCCUUCUUCCUCGUCAAGUUCUGGGCUGACCUCAAUAGCACCAUCCAGGAGGGCCCAGGAGCCUUCUAUGGGGUCAGCUCCCAGUACAGUUCUGCUGAUAGCAUGACCAUCAGCGUCUCCACCAAGGUGUGCUCCUUUGGCAAGCAAGUGGUGGAGAAGGUGGAGACCGAGUAUGCCAGGCUGGAGAAUGGGCGCUUCGUGUACCGGAUCCACCGCUCGCCCAUGUGCGAGUACAUGAUCAACUUCAUCCACAAGCUUAAACACCUGCCUGAGAAGUACAUGAUGAACAGUGUCCUGGAGAACUUCACCAUCCUGCAGGUGGUCACAAGUCGGGACUCCCAGGAGACCUUGCUUGUCAUUGCUUUUGUCUUUGAAGUCUCCACCAGUGAGCACGGGGCCCAGCAUCAUGUCUACAAGCUUGUCAAAGACUAGCUUGCUUCUGUGUUUCCUAUUCAAGACUAGGGUACCCUCUGACUCCCCCACCAGAACGCAAGAGGAGCAUCUUCUCCAUAUACCUGCCUGGGUACCCCCGGGGGGUCCAGGAUUGAGGACUCAUCUACCUGCCAGGCCUCAGGCCCAGGACCCAGCAGGCCUCCCCACUACCCCAGCACAUACACUCCCUGCCACUAUUCUGCGCUUUAAUUGUGAGAGAAGAGAGAGGAAGGCUGGCAGUGGCACUGACUCCAUCACUCAGCUCUGCCUAGCUUUGAGUGACCUGCAAGAAGUGGGGAUGGAGGACCUCUUUGGGCUCCAGCAUGUGUGUCCACUGGUCCCCCCUCCAGGGGAGUGGGAUGGCAGGUGAGGCAGAAUGGAGACGGGGGAGUCAGCAUGCAGAGGCUGAGGAAGGAGAGUGUCAAGUCACAGCUAGGUUGAGAAAACAGAUGGGCCCCCACUUUAUUGCACCUUCUAUGUGCCAGGCCUGGUGCCAAGGCUCCUUAAAUGGCUUGUGCCAUCCUUAGACCCUGCAAAGCAUGGGUCUCUGUUUUAAGUGAAGUGCUGAGACUCCCAAGAAGUUGAGGGACCCACAGGAGGGGUGGACAGAGCUGGAGUUCUCAUCCAGGGCUGCCUGUCCCCAGAGUCCAGGUUUACACUACCUCCCUGGAGCAGAAGCUGGCCACAGGGUUGGGGAGGGCCUCUGCACUGGGAGUGAGGAGUGGCACCUCCUUGGGAGCCUAGACAGAACCACCUUUUCCCAGAGUCCUCCAGCACAGUAGAGCUCCUAUUUCUGACUAGGCAGGAAGAGGGGAGGGGAGCAGCUACUAAGCACCUGUUAGCACACUAUCAGCCUGUAAACCAGCCAGGCCCCAAAAGCCUCUAGGCACGCUUCCAAGCUGCCCUGUCCCAGGGCAUGAGGUGCCCAAGGGCCCCAGCACCCUCCAGAGGCAGGCCCAGGCUGAGAAAUAGGAUUGAAGACCAGGUAGAGGAAGAUCCAGUCCCAACCUCCAGGCUGACCAGACUAGGAGCAGGGCUAGCAGAAGGCUUUUUUCCACUUGGGUUUGACAAAUGCUUUGUGCACAGUGCUCCUUUCUGUUGUUCCCCAACUCAAUCUGUCUUGGAACAGCAGCUCCCAGUUCUGAGACUGAAGGUUAACCUUUCCCCUGUGGCCCCUUCUCUGCACCCAGGCCCCUGAGGGCCAGCCUGGCCUGUCUAGUGGCCAGCCUGGAUAUUUAUGCAUUCACAUGAAGUACUGUGCCCUUUCCUUCCUCAUCCCCCAACCAUGCGUGAACUUCUGAUGGUCUUCACAGUUUGCAUAUUGCUCAGGCCACCUCCAGACCCCACCUAGGUUUUAUAAUGUAUAUUAUAUAUAUUUUUGUGUAUUUUUUAAAUCCAGCUAUGAUGGGUUGUAUCAUAAAUGUGGCUUGGGGCUAGGGCAGGGGCCAAGGCCUUGCUCCUGCUCAAAAAAAAAAAAAA